ACAGCUGUCGAGAUGGGUUGCAGUUUGAACAAGCUGGAGAAACGUGAAGAGAAGCGGCCUGGUAACAUUUACUCUACUCUGAAGAGACCUCAGGUGGAGACCAAGAUAGAUGUGACCUAUGAAUACUGCUUUCUGGAGUUCACCACCCUGACUGCCACGGAGCUGCCGAGAUCCUCAGCCACAAGGUUAGCUUCUCUGCGGGAUCUGCCUGACCAGCUGCUGGAGCUGUACCAGCAGGGCUUCUCGCUGGCCGCCCUGCACCCGUUUGUGCAGCCGACGCGCAGGCAAGAGAAGAUACCCCUCGAGCACAUCUUCAGGGCCAUCCUGGUCAAGAAAACCAGCAGGUCCCAGAAGGCAGAGCUUCCCAAUGAAGGGUACAUCUUGGAACUGGAUCACUGCUCCUCCUUAGAACACCUGGCAGACCAGAAGCUCGUCCCGGAGUUCAUCAAGAAGGUACAGGAGGCUGCGAGUCGUGGCCUGAAGUUCGUUAGUGUGGUGCCUCAGUACCAGACCUCUGUGAGCUUGGCAGGCAGCACGCGCUUCCUGCCUGUCGCCAACAGUGGCGAAGGUGCCAGGGAUGGGAAGAACACCUUUGGGGACCGGCCAUCUUUGGAAAGUGAGACCCCAAAGGCUGCAGAUGUGGACGAUGCUGCUGCGGGAGUGAACCAGAGACCAGAGCCCAACCCGGGAUCCGCAGGGGAGGCGCCCGGUGCCCAGCAGCCUGGCAUUCCCUCUCCCUCAGAAGAGAAUGAGGCUGUCGAGUUUCCACUGCAGGGUUUGAGGCCAGCACUGGGUAGCUCGGAGGGUGACCCCUCCAAUGGGCCUGAAGAGCUGCCCUCCAGGAAAAUGGAGAUCUUCGCCUUUUUCAACAGACCAAGGAGCCAGCAAAAAUGUCUGCAAUACUACCCCGUCACCAUCCCCCUCCAGGUCUCCAAGAACGGCCAGACAGUGAGCAGUCUGGACGCCAGCUGGCUGGAGCACAUGAGUGACCACUUCCGGAAAGGCGGUGUGCUGGUGAACGCCGUCUUCCAGCUUGGCAUGGCCAACGAUUCCUUCUAUGGCCUGACAGAUGGAGUAUUCAUCUUUGAAGCUGUUUCCACAGAAGAUAGCAAAACCACACAGGGCUAUGACGCCAUUGUUGUGGAACAAUGGACAGUCCUGGAAGGUACAGAGGUGCAGACCGACUACAUGCCCCUGCUGAACUCGCUGGCAGCCUAUGGGUGGCAGCUCACCUGUGUGCUGCCAACGCCCAUACUCAAGACUAACAGGGAAGGGAACGUGUGCACCAAGCAGAUUGUAUUUCUCCAGAGACCAUGUCUACCUCAGAAAACCAAGAAGAGGGAGUCCAAGUUCCAGUGGCGGUUCUCCCGGAACGACAUCCACAGCAGGCAGACAAGGAAAUCCAAAGGGAAACCCAGCACCAGAGACAAGCAGCAAGCGGAAGAGAACGAGAAGAAUCUAGAAGACCAGUUCUCCAGGGCUGGAGAGGCGGGAAACUGUGUGCUGGGGGCACAGCAGUGGGGCAGAGCCUCUGAGGUCAGGGAGCAAAGGCAGGGCUCAGCCGCUGUGCAGAACGGCCCCGCUGGCCACAACAGGGACUCGGUGACCCUUAGGCACUCGAAUCCCAGAGCCUCAGAGGCUGAGCUGGUUCCGGGCCCCGCUCCAACAGAAGCAAAUUGAGUCAGUAGUUUGUGCUAGGCCUGCGUUGUGAUUGCAAACCUUGGGAAGCUUGCUAGCAGCUGGUUUGUUCUGUGUUGUUACUGUUUGGCUUGACCUCCCAUUGUUAGCCCAAUGGCCCUGUGAGGGCGGGUCUCCGAAGGUGUUGUUUUCUGCACAUCCACUGGAAAGCUGUCUUAAUGACCCACUUAUAUUAGAGGGCAAGGUUGGGCCGUUCCUCCUACACCUCAGGGCUGGAGGCCUGGCUCUGGUCCCGCCCCUUCCACAAGGGAAGGUAUGGGCCACAGGGCCUGCGCUGCCCCCACAGGGCGCCAGAGCACAUCUGGGUCAACUUCUGGGACAUCCUUCGCUACAAACCAAGGUUUUUCUGCUCACUCCUACAUGCUGCUGCUCUGGGCAAGAACUUAGUGACUUUAACCCUGCAGCCUGCCGGGCUGGCCUUCUCCACCUGAACUCUGGAGACCCUGCUGUUGUGGAAGGCAGAGAUGUUGGAGAGGAAGCCUCCUGCCUGUCUUAAGAUAGUUACAAAUACUGGCGAUCUGGAAGCAAACAGGUAAUUCCCUACGCCCCGGCUCUUGCAGAAUGUUCAAGAAAGUAUUCUGUGUUAAUGUUAAUGCCAAAAAAAAAAAAAAUAUUGUUUUUAAAUUUUGUCUUCAACACAUGUACGAAUAUGUUGUCAUUUUUGAGCAGUUGGUAACUGGGUGCCCUCGUGUGCUAUUUCUGUUGACGUGUCAUUGACUGAGUUGUACGCCGUGCCUGUCACAUGUUUAAACUGUCCAUAAAGUGUUGUUAAGGCUUUAAGUAGAAGCAUCUGGCAAACCGUGGAGAGAGAACACCAGUUGUCUCAAUGGAAAAAGCCCUGUCUCUUUCUUGUUUAGUUAUUUAAAGCAAUAAAAUGACCUGAGUUUA